GGGAACCGGUCCCGCACGGUCGUUUUAUCGACAAGCGGCGUCGUUUGCCGCGAAAAUGGCCAAGGCCGCCGAGCUCGCGGCGUCGUCCCGCGCCGAACGCGUCGACAAGGUCCGCGACCACCUGGCCAAGGUCGACGACGCCGUGAAGCUGGCGAAGAAGCUCGACGCCAACAGCCCGGCGAAGCGCUGGGCCACGAUUAUGGCAAAGGCCGAUGAUGGUGCCCCUUCUGCGCCGGUCGCCAAGCCUCUGCCGCCACUCGUGGUCGCCGUCGCGGUCGUCGCGGCCGCGUACGUGGUGCGCGCGCUCUUUGCCAAGGAGUAGC